AUGGAAAAAAUAUAUUCAUGUAAUUUUAUUACAUUAUUAGAUUAGAUCUAAAAGCUUGCGAUAUAUUUGCUCAAUCACCUUCUUUAGGAAUGAAUUAAUAAUCAACUUAUCAAUCAACAUUUGGUGGAUUUACAUCAAUAGCUACAAUUUUUUUGGUGUUUCUCUUUUUCUCAAGCAAUUUUCUAGACUAUAUAUAGGGAAAGAACAUUAUAACAAAGUAAACUUAAGUCUAUGAUAAUGAUCUUUCGAACCUUUAACUUGAUGAUCAAGAUUUCAUAAUAGCACUUGGUAUAGAAUAAUAGAACUUUUUAAGAAACCCCUUCUUUUCAGUUACUCUACAACAAAGGUAAUUUAUUCAAAUUUCUAAAUCAGAGAAUACGAAAGAUUGGAUAAUGGAUCGUUUUCUAAAAAUAUCACUUAACUUCCACUUGAACCUUGCACACUGGAAAGAUUCUAAACUGUAUUUCUAAAAUAUGGUAAAAACUUUUCAGAGGACUUCAAUCAUUUGAAUUUAGAGAAUUUGUUAUGUCCAAAGUAUUUUAUUGUGAAAUAUAUUAUAGAAAUAAUAUCAGCAUGAAUAUAGGUGGUACAUUUGCAUGUAAAUAAAUUUUCUUAUAUAAGCUAACUAUUUUAAUUUUCUUAAAAUUGAAGUCUCUCCUUGCAAUCCAUCUUUAAUUUUAGAAAAUAGUACAUGUGCUUCUAAUGAAUCUUUGUAGGAUCAUUUAAAUUAAUAAGGAGCAUUUAAAGUAUAAGUCUAUUUGAUUAAUAAAGUAUGACAUAUAUCCAAACUAUUUAGGUAAUCAAUCCAAAUAAAAUUGGAUCAGACUAUAUUUCAAUAUUUUUAGAUGAUUAAAGUUAUUUAUCAUUUGUUCCAAAAAAAUUAAAUAAAUAUGCAAAUAUUUACUUUCGAGAAUAUAAAUUUAGAAACAAUUUAGAUUUCUUUCCAUUUAAGUAAAUUUCCUUUAUAACUUAGGGAUAAUUAAAAUUUAAACUUUAUUUCAAUUGAUAACACAGAAACUAAAGAAGUAAUUGAUUUAGGAAGGGAUACAGAUAAAUCAUUUGCUGCCUUUUAUUUUAGGAAAAGUCCCAUUAUAAUAUCUGUAGAAAGAAACAAUCAAAGUGUGACAGAUUUAUUAUCCAAAUUGGGAGGAUUAUUAUAAAUAUCCCUUAUAGUAAUGGGAUUCAUCAUAGCAGCAUAUAACAAACAAACUAGUAAUGAUUAAAUUAAACAUUUAGUGAUGGUGGAAUUGUCAAAUAAAAUAUAUGAAUUUAGUUCGGAUGUAGAUGAAUAAAAUAGAUAACAUUAAUUAAAUCUUGAUUUAAUUAAUAAUGUAUAUGAGGAUAGACAAUUUCGGCAUGAAUAUUAUGUUAAUAAAGAAGGACAAUAAUAAAUUAUUCCAAAUAGUUAAAUCAAACAUAAGAGUAAGAUAUUUAGGCUUUUUGGCAAAGGUCAAUAACCUGAAUAACAUAUUAUUUUGACUGAUAGACCAACAACUGAGAAUAAUGAAUGUAAUAAUUAACUCUCUUAUGAAAAUGAUGAAAAGAGUAAUUAAUUUACGUAGUAAGCCAUAAAAGAUCAUGGAUUAUUGGCACAAAAAUUGAAAUGUGUAAGUGGAUUAGAUUAUUUUAAAAAAUAGAUCAAUCUAAUUUUAAAUAGAUCGUAAAUAUUACGAUUUAACUUAUAAAUAUUUCUUAAUCAGAUUUGUUUUCGAAAAGUCUUUUCAAAUUCUCAAUCUGUUUAAUUUUUUAAUUCUGCACUGUAUACUAUUAUAAUAUUAUUUAAGUGAUAAAAUAAAUGAGCAAUUAGAUGUAUUCAACAUUAUUACUAAGUUAAAUGAAAUUGAUAAAAUGAAAGAAAUAUUACUUAGUAAUUCAUAACAACUUUUAUUCAAUUUUACAUCAAAACCAAUAAUCUCUUUAGAAGAAGAUAAAGAAAUGCCAUUCAAUAGAACUAUUCUAGAAGAAAGAGCAAGAAAUACAAUGUAUUGUUAAUUAAUAAUUAGGAAUGAAACUAUUUGUGAUGAAAAAAAAAAAAAAAAUUAAACAAAACGUAAACCUAUUUUUAAACAAUUCCAUCGAACUGUAAGUUUGGAUAAAGAUAUGAGGAUUUAUAAUAGGAUAUAUAGAGUAUAUAAUUAUCUUAAUUUUAGGCAUAUGAUACUAUCCUUUAAUAAAGUUUAGAAUAAAACUAAUAGCAUGAUGUCAAUAGAAAAUUAAUCAAAAAGCUUGGUGACGAAAUAUAAGCAAUCUUUAAAUUAUCAAAACUACUUGAUUUUGAUGGAUUAAGAAGGCUUCGAGCAAACUCGAAUAAUGAUAUAUUCUGUAGAAAUACAUUAAAUGUACCAGAUGAGAUGUUAAGUAAAUGA